UUUCGAGAUGAAGCUUUCAAUUAGUUAUACGGGUUCCUCGCUUCGAGUCUGAUUGCUCUAUUUCUCUCUUAUCAGCAUUUCAUUUUUGUUUAACAUGCGCCAAACCUAUCGUGCCUACCUGUACACCUGCCGUUUCUUCAUUGAGUUUGUAUGUCUGAUGUCGAUCGUCAAUGCAAGUACCGUACUCUGUUGUAACAGCCAGAGAGGUUCAACGAGUCUCCAUGAUAAUCGACAUAGAGGAUUUUAUACAGAUUUUCCUCAAUAUCAGUGCUCCGAGGCACUGACACCCAGUCCGACGCAGAUAUUGAAACCAUAUGCCACCCGACCAAUGUUGAUGAAAUGACGGAUAUAUCAAUCAUAUUCGAUGGAGGUCGCAUUUGCGUAUAAUAUAACAUCGAAGACAUGGCAGUCUGCAAUAGAAUCCAACCCGUACGGGAUACUAGCAGCUGUGAUAUCUAUGGGACAUCCAAGGGUUUCUGUCGCUUCAUU